AUGGUGCCGGACAUUGAUGUACACCUCGGUUUCGACUUCCUAAAAAUCGAGGGGACUCACUUCCACUGGUCGACGGAUAACAAGUUGAUGGCGGGGGCGGAGGAUGGCGUCGAAAAACUCAAAUCAAUGCUACAUGUGGAUAUGAGUCGCUUUCUAGCGGGUCUAGCGGAGCAGCCAGCCAACUAGGAAACUCCCACUGCGCGUCUGCUGUUCGAGGA